AUGACUUCCAACAACAGCUACCACCUCGACGGGGAUGCUAAAACUGCGCCACGAGCGUCAACAUCUGCAAUGCAUACCGAGGACCACGGCAAUAUCGCUUCCUCCACACGGGCAUUGAUUCCUUUCACAGAUCAUGUGUUAGCUCAUGGGGACUUCAAGCUUGAUCCAUAUACCCCUGGUCAGUACACUCAGUUCUUCUACGAGCUUAAUUUUCUGACAGACUGUAUCACAGAAGCGUACUCCAUCACCGAGAAGCCGACGAUGUACUCUGCCGAUGGCUCUGUCGUCGAGAUCGAACUCCCCUCCUCAUGUCACAUCGCGGUCAUCGAAUGGCCCAAGCCGAACCCAGACUUUACGAUCUUCAACCGCCUGCCUUAUGAGCUCAGACUGCGAAUCUGGUACUUCGCAUUACCAGCAGCACGCCUUGUACUCGUCACUACCAUCGUCACCCGGUAUGAAAUGACGGUCUUGAUGAAACCCAUUGGCCAAGUUCGCUACGACAAGGAGAUGCAAAGAUUAAGAUUGGUUUGUAGGGAAUCCCGAGAUGUCUUCGAGAGUAACUAUCGCGUACUUCCGAUACUCGGCUCAAGCAUUGGAUCACUAUGGGACGAAGACCUUGCACCCGAGAACUACUCCGGGCUUGGCAACAACGACCUCCAAUUCCGGAACACUGGCCCCUGGUACGUUGACGAGAGGAGAGAUACACUCUUCAUACAUAAGAACAUAAAAGAUAUCAUGGAAAAAAACGCAUGGCUUGACAUGUCCCGACUUACAAACCUUGCGGUCCGUACUCGUUUAUUCACCGAACUCGCCGAUGAAGGGGAUACAGGCUUUUGCAAUAUAAAGCUUGCCUUGGAAUUUGUAGAGCAGUGUCGAGUAUUGAAGACCCUUACCCUCGAAAUCUACUCGGCAAACUUUCCAAAUCAAAAUACAGGCUAUAAAUUUGAGCCUCACUUUCUCGAGAUCAACCGCGAUUUUGCUGACUAUUUACCCGCUCAAGUGAUCGGCCCAUGGAGCGAGAGCUACCAACGAUAUGCAUCACGACUUGCCAGAAAGUUUCUGAACAAUGCGGAUGAUGUCAGAAGAGAAAUCCAAGGGUAUCUAGCAGAUAAUCCAGAAAGCAGACUGAGGAUGGUGGAGAUCAAAGUCUGCACCUUAGCCACGAUAGAAGGCCCAGCAUGGCUAACCAAGAUGGUCAAUCUUCUCCCUACCAACCCGCAGUAUUCCGAUGUCUGCUUCCGCAUGGAGAUGCCGUUUCGCGAUACAUCGGUACCGCACUAUCUUUUGUUCGACUGGGCUAAGACUCCGUGUCGCUAUGAUGGCACGAUCAAUUGGCUGGAGCCAUACGAGAGCAUAUCCGAGAUGUUCCGGCAGGCGGGUGAUGAGGAAUAG